GAGUUGUCAGUAUGAAAGAAGACAACAUCCAUGUGUUUGAGAGAUAAAAGAGAUUGUGGUGAGUUGUUAUGUGGGUGCAAACAAAUAUAGAAACUUCUUCCUCUUCUCCUUCUUCUUUAUAAAACUCUCUGGUUUGAGAAAAUUGAAGGAGAGAAAACACCAGCCAAAAAUGGAGAAAGCUCUGACUAAAGUUGGCAGUUUUUGGAUUUCUAAAAAGGCCAAGGAAGAGAUCUCCAAUAUUACUGAGGACCUCUCUUCACUCUCCAGUACUGUUGAAGAAAAGGCAAGAUGGGUAUUCAACAAACUAAAAGGAAAACCACAAAAAGCGUUGGCUGACCUCCUCCGAGAGUACAACCUUCCUCCGGGGCUCUUUCCUCGAAACAUAACAUGUUAUGAGCUCGAUGAAGCGAAGGGGAAGCUGAUCGUCUACUUUCCAUCACCAUCGGAGGUGUGUUUCAAGGACUCAUCUGUGAUAAGGUAUGCGACUAGAGUAAAAGGGACACUUUCAAGGGGAAAGCUUAGUGGGAUAGAAGGAAUGAAGACAAAGGUAUUGGUUUGGGUUAAGGUGACUAGUGUUGGUGUUGAGAGCUACAAAUCUGAUAAAGUUUGGUUCACUGCUGGUGUGAAGAAGUCAAAGCCUAAAGAUGUCUAUGAGUUGCCUAGGGAGGCCAUUAAAGUAGAAGAGUUUUGAGUUGAGAUCAUCUCUUUUACUUAAUACUUCAAAUUCUUCUAUUGUAAUCUGUAAACCCCAUGUGCAUGAACAUUACUCAAUAUUUGUUAUUCAUUGGCCACUAAAAGAAAAAUAAGUUUCAUAUGUAUAUGCCUUUCUAUUGGUUGCUACAGAUAAUACUUGUAUGUAUUUUAUACGAACAUAUUUUUAUAAAUUAUAUGGAUGUGUUUGGUAA